CACAGAGGCUUCGCGGGAAGACGCGGCGGCGGAGGAUGAGCCUGCAGAGCGCGCAGUAUCUCCGAAUGUCUUAAACCAUUCUACCUUAUGAGAAAUUGGAUGUUCUUGCAGAUAGUCAUUGUGGGAGAAAACGUUUCAUUUAAGUCCCAGAUGAGGACCGGAAACUUGAAAUCAGAGGAGCAUCUGAAAUCAAGUAAUAUUAGGCAGGCAGAAGUCCUGAAGGCUGACAUGACAGAUUCUAAGCUGGGUCCAGCUGAGGUCUGGACAUCCAGGCAGGCUCUGCAGGACCUGUACCAGAAAAUGCUAGUCACUGAUUUGGAAUACGCUUUAGACAAGAAAGUAGAACAGGAUCUCUGGAAUCAUGCCUUUAAGAAUCAGAUCACAACACUACAAGGCCAGGCAAAGAAUCGAGCAAACCCGAAUCGGAGUGAAGUUCAGGCAAACCUUUCUCUGUUCCUAGAGGCAGCUAGUGGCUUCUAUACUCAGUUAUUACAAGAACUGUGUACAGUGUUUAAUGUAGAUUUACCGUGCCGUGUGAAGUCUUCCCAAUUGGGAAUUAUCAGCAAUAAACAGGCGCAUACCAGCGCCAUAGUGAAGCCACAGUCUAGCUCCUGUUCCUAUAUUUGCCAGCACUGCCUCGUCCACCUUGGAGACAUUGCUCGAUACAGAAAUCAGACCAGCCAGGCAGAGUCCUACUAUAGGCAUGCAGCUCAACUUGUCCCCUCUAAUGGUCAGCCUUACAAUCAGUUGGCUAUCUUAGCUUCUUCCAAGGGAGACCAUCUGACCACAAUUUUCUACUACUGCAGAAGCAUUGCUGUGAAGUUCCCUUUCCCAGCUGCCUCCACUAAUCUACAAAAAGCACUUUCUAAAGCACUGGAAAGCCGGGAUGAGGUGAAAACCAAAUGGGGUGUUUCUGACUUUAUCAAGGCCUUUAUUAAAUUCCACGGUCAUGUGUACCUGAGUAAGAGCUUGGAAAAGUUGAGCCCUCUUCGAGAGAAAUUGGAAGAACAGUUUAAGAGGCUGCUAUUCCAAAAAGCUUUCAACUCGCAGCAGUUAGUUCAUGUCACUGUCAUUAACCUGUUUCAACUUCAUCACCUUCGUGACUUUAGCAAUGAGACGGAACAGCAUAGUUACAGCCAAGAUGAGCAGCUGUGUUGGACACAGUUGCUGGCCCUCUUUAUGUCUUUUCUUGGCAUCCUGUGCAAGUGUCCUCUCCAGAACAAGUCUCAGGAAGAGUCCUACAAUGCCUAUCCCCUUCCUGCAGUCAAGGUCUCCAUGGACUGGCUGAGACUGAGACCCAGGGUCUUUCAGGAGGCAGUGGUGGAUGAAAGACAGUACAUUUGGCCCUGGCUAAUUUCUCUUCUAAAUAGUUUUCAUCCCCAUGAAGAGGAUCUUUCAAGUACUAAUGCUACACCACUUCCGGAGGAGUUUGAGUUACAAGGGUUCUUGGCUUUGAGACCUUCUUUCAGGAACUUGGAUUUUUCCAAAGGCCACCAGGGUAUUACAGGAGACAAAGAGGGUCAGCAACGACAAAUACGACAGCAGCGCUUGAUCUCUAUAGGCAAGUGGAUCGCCGAUAAUCAGCCAAGGCUGAUUCAGUGUGAAAAUGAGGUAGGGAAAUUGUUGUUUAUCACAGAAAUCCCAGAGUUAAUACUGGAAGAUCCCAGUGAAGCCAAAGAGAACCUCAUUCUGCAAGAAACAUCCAUGAUAGAGUCACUGGCUGUGGAUGGGAACCCAGGGCUGAAAUCAGUGCUGUCUACGGGCCGAAAUCUAAGCAACAGCUGUGACACAGGAGAGAAACCAGUGGUCACCUUCAAAGAGAACAUUAAGCCACGAGAAGUAAACAGAGACCAAGGAAGAAGUUUUCCUCCCAAAGAGGUGAGAAGGGACUAUAGCAAAGGAAUAACUGUAACUAAGAAUGAUGGCAAGAAGGACACCACCAAGAGGAAAACAGACACCAAGAAAUGCACCUUAGAAAAGUUACAGGAAACAGGAAAGCAGAAUGUGGCAGUGCAGGUAAAAUCUCAGACAGAACUAAGAAAGACCCCGGUGUCCGAAGCCAGGAAAACACCUGUAACUCAAACCCCAAGUCAAGCAAGUAACUCCCAGUUCAUCCCCAUUCAUCACCCUGGAGCCUUCCCUCCUCUUCCCAGCCGGCCAGGGUUCCCGCCCCCAACAUAUGUUAUCCCCCCUCCUGUGGCAUUUUCUAUGGGCUCAGGUUACACCUUCCCAGCUGGUGUUUCUGUCCCAGGAACCUUUCUUCAGCCUACAGCUCACUCUCCAGCAGGAAACCAGGUGCAAGCUGGGAAACAGUCCCACAUUCCUUACAGCCAGCAACGGCCCUCUGGACCAGGGCCAAUGAACCAGGGACCUCAACAACCACAGCCACCUUCCCAGCAACCUCUCACAUCUUUACCAGCUCAGCCAACAGCACAGUCUACAAGCCAGUUGCAGGUUCAAGCCCUAGCUCAGCAACAGCAGUCCCCUACAAAAGCCGUGCCGGCUUUGGGGAAAAGCCCUCCUCACCACUCUGGAUUCCAGCAGUAUCAACAGGCAGAUGCCUCCAAACAGCUGUGGAAUCCCCCUCAGGUUCAAGGCCCAUUAGGGAAAAUCAUGCCUGUGAAACAGCCCUACUACCUUCAGACCCAAGACCCCAUAAAACUGUUCGAGCCGUCAUUGCAACCUCCUGUAAUGCAGCAACAGCCUCUAGAGAAAAAAAUGAAGCCUUUUCCCAUGGAGCCAUAUAACCAUAAUCCCUCAGAAGUCAAGGUCCCAGAAUUCUAUUGGGAUUCUUCCUACAGCAUGGCUGAUAACAGAGCUGUAAUGGCACAGCAAGCAAAUAUGGAUCGCAGGGGCAAACGGUCACCAGGAGUCUUCCGUCCAGAGCAGGAUCCUGUACCCAGGAUGCCAUUUGAGGACCCCAAGAGCUCCCCUCUGCUUCCUCCGGACCUGUUAAAGAGUCUGGCUGCCUUGGAGGAAGAGGAAGAGCUGAUUUUUUCUAACCCUCCUGAUCUUUACCCAGCUUUGCUGGGGCCUCUCGCCUCUCUUCCUGGACGAAGCCUCUUUAAAUCCUUAUUGGAGAAGCCCUCAGAGCUCAUGUCACAUUCAUCAUCUUUCCUGUCCCUCACCGGAUUCUCUCUUAAUCAGGAAAGAUACCCAAAUAACAGUGUGUUCAAUGAGGUAUAUGGGAAAAACCUGACAACCAGCUCCAAAGCAGAACUUAAUCCCUCGAUGGCCCCCCAGGAAACAUCACUGUACUCCCUUUUUGAAGGGACUCCGUGGUCUCCAUCACUUCCUGCCAGUUCAGAUCAUUCAACACCAGCCAGCCAAUCUCCUCAUUCCUCUAACCCAAGCAGCCUGCCAAGCUCCCCUCCAACACACAACCAUAAUUCUGUGCCCUUCUCCAAUUUUGGACCCAUUGGGACUCCAGAUAACAGAGAUAGGAGAACUGCAGAUCGGUGGAAAACUGAUAAGCCAGCCAUGGGUGGGUUUGGCAUUGAUUAUCUCUCAGCAACAACAUCCUCUGAGAGCAGCUGGCAUCAGGCCAGCACUCCAAGUGGCACCUGGACAGGCCAUGGCCCCUCCAUGGAGGAUUCCUCUGCUGUCCUCAUGGAAAGCCUAAAGUCUAUCUGGUCCAGUUCCAUGAUGCAUCCUGGACCUUCCGCUCUGGAGCAGCUGUUAAUGCAGCAGAAGCAGAAACAGCAGCGGGGACAAGGCACCAUGAACCCUCCACAUUGAGGCCACAGUGGCAUCCCUGGGAAUGAAGGCUUCAUAAACCAUGGCAUGUUGGGUUUGCAGGACUGGCCCACACAGUCCUCUGCAGGUGGCAGCCCUCUUUUCUGUUUCUUGCUGUCGAGAGGGUGUAAGUGUUCCACCAGCCCACUGAGUGUGCACGAAAUGUCUGCAGUGCAACAAAAAGAAAAAACCAUCAGGAACUCUCCGUCCCCUCGGGGCCUUCCGGAGGGAGAGAGGAACUGCUGUUUGUCUCACUCAGUUACCUGAUAUCACCGCCUCUCACCUUCUCCAUCGUGCAUGUCCCCAGCCACAUGGGAAGUGAAAGCUGAGACGGGAAGGCAGGUGGGAGAAGCCAAUGGGAACUUCUCAGUCCUUUUUUCCUCUUUGGGGAAUAAAUAGGAAUCCA